GCCCAGUAUGUUAACUGGGGGGAGCUGGCCGGGGUGAGCAAUCGCCGCUCAGAGACCAACGGCAUCGGUCGGCGGAUGUAUUGUAAAAUAAAGAAGACCGCUUAAAGAUCACUUAGGGGAAGCAUCCCACAUUUCUUCUGGACACCUUUCCUCCCUGCUUCCUGGCCUCAGCCCCUUGGGCUCACUAAAGAUACCAAGACAUGUCAACUCCUCCCUCAAAGAAAGAAAAACGAUUUCUUUUUACAUCAGAAUCUGUUGCUGAAGGACAUUCUGAUAAGAUGUGUGAUCAGAUAAGUGAUGCUGUUCUAGAUGCUCAUCUCAGUAUUGAUCCAGAUGCCAGAGUUGCCUGUGAGUGUGUAGCAAAAACUGGAAUGAUUUUGCUUUGUGGAGAGAUCACAUCCCAGGCUGUAGUAGAUUACCAACAAAUUGUAAGAGAGACUCUUAAGAGGAUAGGGUAUGAUGACUCUUCCAAAGGACUGGACUAUAAGACUUGCACAGUUUUAGUGGCCUUAGAACAACAGUGUGAAGAGAUCAAGCAUGCUGUCUCCCAUGGCAAGAGUGAUGAUGACAUGGGAGCAGGAGAUCAGGGUUUGAUGUUUGGCUAUGCCACUGAUGAAACUGAAGAAUAUAUGCCCUUAACAGUCCUCCUGGCACACAAACUGACUGCAAGGAUAAAGGCUCUGGAACGGAAUGGAACAUGGCCCUGGGUUAGACCAGAUGGGAAAACACAGGUCACAAUGGAAUACAAAGAGACUAAUGGUGCACUGGAGCCCAUCCGAGUGCACACACUUGUGAUUUCAGUACAUCAUGCCCCGGACAUACCUCUACAACAAAUACAGAAGGAACUAAUGGAGAAAGUUGUUAAAAAAGUCAUUCCAGAGAAGUAUCUUGAUAAGGGCACAAUUUAUCAUCUCCUUCCAAGUAAAAAGUUUAUAGAAGGUGGCCCUAAGAGUGAUGCUGGACUGACUGGCAGGAAGAUCAUUGUUGAUACCUACGGAGGCUGGGGAGCCCAUGGUGGAGGUGCAUUCUCUGGAAAAGAUCCCUCCAAAGUUGAUCGUUCUGCAGCUUAUGCAGCUCGCUGGAUUGCAAAAUCUCUGGUGAAAGCUGGUCUCUGUAGAAGAGUAUUAAUCCAGCUAUCAUAUGCUAUUGGUCUGAGUCAUCCUCUUGCGAUCUCAGUGUUUCAUUACGGAACGUCAGACAGAUCAGAAGAGGAACUGCUUGAGAUUGUGCAGAAGAACUUUGAUCUACGCCUUGGAGCUAUCAUAAGGGAUCUGGAUUUGAAGAGGCCAAUCUAUCAAAAAACAGCAUGCUAUGGGCACUUUGGGAGAGAAGAAUUUACAUGGGAAAUACCCAAAAGGCUUCUGUAUUAAGUUUUUCAGAAUGUUUCAAGUAAUUGACAGGUGGUUUAAUAAUCAGGUAAAAUGUCAAGCUGUUCAAGAAAAGGCUGUAUCUACUCUUUUUAAAAUUACAUUCUGUGGUUAAUAGAUUUACUGAAAAAUAUUUGUAUGUAAUUUCUAACUUUCAUAGUGGCCUUACACUUUAAAUGCAUGCUGCUCUAUCUAACAUACUCUUCAGCUUUGUCUUUGGUAACAUGUGAACAAUUUAGGCCUUUGGCUGCGAUCAGGUAUUAAGUGGAAGUUGAAGUCAUUCCUGUUCUGCCAGGGAAGCCCACUACUGCUUACCCAAUUAACUUUGUGCUGAAGUGGAUGAAGUUGGUGAGGUAACUUCCAGCAGCUUCCUGUAAGAGGAAAGCAGUAACAGCACAAAUUGCCAUAAUUCUUUGGGCCAGGACCUCCAUGAAUACAGCUUUAGUUAUGGUCCUUCUAGUCCAAGCAAAUCAGUAAAAAUACCCAUUUCAUAACAUUGUUCCUUGUAAUCCUAAAUAACCUUAGCUAUGAGCCAGGGUUACCUGUUUGCUUCUAACAUUAUAGUUUUGUAGGCACGCCUGUGAAAACUGAUGAACUCCUAUGUUGUAAUUCCUUUACUCAUUUAUUAUUAUUCCUUCUCAAACGGAAAUGUUCCAGGUCUACAUGAGUUGGAAUUGGCUGUAUAGUUUCAAUUAAAUUUCAUUUAGCCACUUCUGAAAAGUAAAAAAUAAUUUGUAAAAAACUACAUUACUUUCCUGUGACUUCUCUGACUGAAAGCACAAAAUGGAGAGAGAGAAUUCAUUUAGCUUCUCUUCAAGGACUGGAGAGGAUGAAAAGGCUUGUAUACAGAAAGUAGCAAUUCUGGCAAGCAAAUUUAUCAGAUUGUAAACUAAGACAGAGUGUUGGAAUGCUGUAACUGCUCUUACUUAAUACCAGGGAAUUUUAACAGAUAAUUAAGCAAUAUGCCUACCCUGUCCCCAGUAAAAGAAAAAUAUAGGUUUCAGUGGUAAGUCUAAUCAAAUGCAAGUAGUUGAAUAUAACAUUAGCCUUAAGCAAGUUUUAAAAAGCUGGUUCCUUUCAUGUAAAGACAGAUCGAUCCGUUGCUCCUUUGAUAGACCGGAGCUGAAGUGAGGUCACUGUACAGCUGUACAGCCUUACCCGGCCUGGUGGAGUUAACCUGAUCUACCAUAAUAGUGCUGCGGUCAGUCCUGUGACCUACAAAAAUGGCUUUUUUUUUCCUUCCGUAAG